AGUCGAUUAUUUUAUUUGCAACGAAAAAUAGUAGUUAAAAGAGUGCAAACGGGACGAAAUUAACAUUUUUAUAGUUUUUCUUUAUUCUGCUUCUAUGUUUAAAUCGUAUCUUUCAUUAAUAGACAUAUAAGACUAUCUGAACGCAAGUCACAAAAACAUGACUUACAUGACCAACGCCGGUGUUAUGUUGUCUGUUUGAUUUUAUGUUAAUUCAAACACAAAAUAGUUCAUAUUCUGUGAAACAAAUGUCUAUGAACUACAUUUGCGGUUAAUUUAAGGGCUAACACGAUGAAAACGCGAUCUAAAACAGGUGUAGGUGCUAACACAAUGAAAGCGGGUGAUAAAACAGCGCCGAAGGCGAAGACAACAAAGCCGAAGGGGUCGCGGCUGCACUUACUAUAUCAACCUGACGAGGAUCUUUUGGUGGUUCCUAAGGUUAUCAGACAGUAUACAAGAAAGAAAAAGGUGGAAUCUGCUGAUUCAGUAAAUAAACUUGCCAGUACAACCAGUGUAAGUGUGGCUGCUGCGUUAAUGGAUCAAAAUAAUUCCAUACUUCUAGUUGAUAAUCAUGUUAAAAUUAAAGAAGAAAUCAUGGAGAGUUUUCAUGAUAUUGAAAUUAUGGAUGUUGGUGUUGAAAUAGAAAAUCAUGUUAAAACAGAAGAAAGGGCUGAAUCACAGAAUGGAGUUACAGCAGAGGACAAUUAUGUUAAAAUUAAAGAAGAAAAUAUAGUUCCCAAUGCAAGUUAUAAUUCAGACCAAAAUUUUGAAUAUGGUAAAGCAAAUAAUCAAGGGGAAAUUAAAGGAAAUGUAGGUAGACACAAAGGCACUUUAAUUGACAAUAAUUUACACCAAAUUAAUUUAAACAAAAAUGGUGAUACUAUUCAAAUUAAAGAAGAAAGGGUAGAUACACUUUCAGGUGAAAGUGUCAUGAAUAAUGAUGCCUCAAUGAAUUCCAAUCUAAUUGAAACUGUGCAAGAAACUGCAAAAAUCAUUAUUAAAAUAGAACCAGAAAAUGAUUCACAAUAUAUGAACUCAGAACAGAAACAUAUAGAUGGGUUCCGUGCAGAUUGUUCGCAAUCUGAAGAGGACAUAGCUGUGGAAAUAAAACCAAAGCCUGAAGAAAUAAAUUGCAAUAAUGUAAAUGGCAAAAUGGAGUCAACAUAUAGAGAAAAAGAGGAUGUGCAGGGCAAGAACUGUCAAGAACUUGCAGAACUACAGCAGACAUUGAAUGUUCAGGUUCCACAAAAUAGAAUACUAAUCACUGAAGAAAUUCAUAUUAAAGAAGAGGCAAUUAGCGACACUGAGGAUUGUGUUGAGGUAAAAGAUCAGACUCCAGUAGUUACUAGCAGCAUUGAGGUAAAACGUAAGACUCCUGUAGCUACUAGCAGCAUUGGAGUAAAACAUAAGACUCCUGUAGCUACUAGCAGCAUUGGAGUAAAACAUAAGACUCCUGUUACUACUAGCAGCAUUGGAGUAAAACAUAAGACUCCUGUAACUGCUGGCAGCAUUAGAGUAAAACAGAACACUUCAAUAACUGCUAGCAGCAUUGAAUUAAAAGAUAAGACUGCAGUAGCUACUAGCAGCGUUGAAGUAAAAGAUGUGUCUCCAGUAGUAAUUAAGAAAAACCCUCUACCGCAAAAAAUAAAAAUAAGAAGAAUUAUGAAUAUGCCUAAAAUUCUGAAGACAUAUGGGAGGAAACAACCAGAUCCAGUUGCAAUGAAGAAAUGUUUUCUUCUUGCUGUUAGUACCCCACCAGCAAGGAUCCUGAAAAUCGUCUCCCAGAAAUUGCCAAAGAUCAAAUCUCAACCGAAUCCAAAAUAUAUUUGUGACAUGUGCAGGAAUACCUUCAGGAGCAAGGCCAGCAUGAGCGCCCACAUGCGGUUCUCGCACGGCGUGGUCAUGAAGCACACUUGCGUGGUGUGUUCCGCUAGCUUCCCACAUCACUACCUCAUGCUCGCGCACUGGCGCGCGCACGCCGGCCCGCCGCUCGCGUGCGACCUGUGCCCCAAGUCCUUCCAGUCCAAAGACAAAUACGGGGAACAUUUGAAUACCCACCUACGCGAGCGACUCUUCCCUUGCCCGGUGUGUCUCCAGCGAUACCCGGUGCUAUUCCAUUUACAAAGGCACGCCGAGAAGCAUACGCAGAAAGAUACAUUUUCUUGCAAUAUUUGUAAGGAGACCUACCGCUCUCUUAUUGAUUUGAGGCGUCAUUCUGAACGCGAUCAUGGAGAAAAAGAGGAAUUUCCCUGCUAUAUUUGUAGCCGGAUUCUUUCCUCGAACGCAGACCUUCUUACUCAUGUAAGUACACAUGAUAACGCGUUCCAUGCAUGCGCUUUCUGUCCCAGUAAAUUCACCGACGCGCAAAAAUGGGAAGACCACUCUGCUGAACAUAUUGAGAAGAUUGGUAGAGGCGAGUCCAUUGAAAAACCCUACAGCUGCGAAUACUGUAAAAAGUCCUUUGAGUACCAAAGCGUUCUGAAAACACAUAUUAGAAUGCAUACUGGCGAACGACCAUAUGAGUGUCCGGAGUGUAAAAAGAAGUUGAAGACGCAAAGUUCACUAUCGGAGCAUGUUAACGGGCAUAAGCGGCCUUAUCCAUGUCCAGAGUGUAAGCAAAGGUUUGGUAAGCGGAACUCUCUGUCGAGGCACAUGUUGCUGCAUACAGGGGAGCGUCCGCACAGCUGUACGGGUUGUCCGAUGACUUUCGUGCAACGUUCGUCGAUGCUGCUGCACAUGCGGCGGUUUCACGAGCCCGGACUCAAGCGGGUAACGAAAAAUAAGAAAGGUGCGAAAAAAUCGAAUAAAAAGAAGAAUUGCUGAAGAGUGAUAAUAUUGAUGAAGAGGAAAAAAAUAUGAUAGUGGUGAAUGAUAAGGUAUUUUUAUUUUAUAAUGUACACUUAACGACUGUAAACGUGUCGUGGCAUAAGUGGAAGUCUGAAUGAUAGUCUGAAGUCCUGUAAAGUAUGUCAAUGAAAAGUUAGGAUAAAAUAUAUUUAUUGACCAAGCUAAUUGGCAGCGAUUUUGAUAGCCCAGACGAUGCAAGUGUUAUUUAAACGUCAGAAGUCUUACGU